CAGAGCCGCCCUUGGCGGAGCGUCUGUGCGGGCCCGGGAGCGGCGGCAGCGGCCGGAGCCCGGUGAGGCGGCGGCGGAGCUCGGAGGCGGCCCCAGCGCAGGAUUUUUCAUUCCCAAGGAGUGGCCGGAUGGAGGAGGAGGAAAAGCCCCGGAGAUGCCGCACGAGGAGGGGCUGCAAACCCAGCGCAGGGAGCUGCGAGGAGCAAAGACCCCCCCUGUGCCAGGAGGGCGGCCGGAGAUCCAGCCAGAGCUCCGAGCUGGUGGAGAAGCCUCAUGGAGGGGAGAAGCCCCACAAGUGCUUGGAAUGUGGGCAGGGUUUCAGCCGGAGAUCCAGACUGAUUGAGCACAAGAGGAUCCACACUGGGGAACGGCCCUAUGAGUGUGGGGAGUGUGGGAAGAGCUUCAGCCAGAGCUCCAAUCUGAUCAAGCACAAAAGGAUCCACACUGGGGAAAAGCCCUUUGAGUGUGGGGAGUGUGGGAAGAGCUUCAGCCGGAAGGGCCACCUGAUCCGGCACCAGGUGAUCCACACGGGGGAGAGGCCCUAUGAGUGUGAUGAAUGUGGGAUGAGCUUCAGCCAGAAACGAACUCUUAUGCAACACCAGAGGAUCCACACUGGGGAACAGCCCUAUGAAUGUGUGGAAUGUGGGAAGAGCUUCAGGCAGAGCUCCAGCCUGAGGCUACACCAGAGGCUCCACACUGGGGAAAAGCCCUACGAGUGUGGGGAAUGUGGGAAGAGCUUCAUCCAGAGAUUCCACCUGAUACAACACCAUAGGAUCCACACUGGGGAAAAGCCCUAUGAGUGUCGGGAAUGUGGGAAGAGCUUCAGAAACAGCUCCAGGCUGAUCCAGCACCAGGUGAUCCACACUGGGGAAGGGCUCUACACCUGCUUGGAAUGUGGGAAGGGCUUUGGAUAUAGCUCUGUCUUGAGGAAUCAUCAGCGCAUCCACACUGGGGAGAGGCCCUACGAGUGUCCUGAGUGUGGGAAGAGGUUUCACACCAGCUCUCAUCUCCUCGUACAUCAGCGGAGUCACACAGAGGAGAGGCCCUUCCGCUGCCCCGACUGCGGGAAGGGCUUCAAGCACAACUCACACCUCACUGUCCACCGGCGCAUCCACACCGGGGAGAGGCCCUACGAGUGUCCUGAGUGUGGGAAGAGCUUCUCAAACAGUUCUAUCUUGAGUAAACACCGACGGCGGCAUCACUAAGGGAAGCGCUGCGAGUGCCCCGAGAGCGGGAAGAGCUUCGUGCGCUGCUCCAGCUCCAUCCCCCGUGGGAGGAUCGGCCUUGGAUGAUCCCCAGUGAGCCCCGUUGGGCAGAGCCCUGCUGAUCCGUGGUCCUGGUGAUCUCCUUUGGGUGGGGGGAAGGUGUUGAAGAGAUUUCUUUCCCUUCUCCUGUGGGAGUUGGCCAAGCUGAAACAACUCUAAACUUAAGGCUGAGGGAAACCCCUUACUAGUGAUGGCAAGUAGUAAAGGUUCUUGGGAAUUUACAUGUUAA